AUGGCUUUCGCCAAUUUCCGCCGCAUCCUGCGCCUGUCUACCUUCGAGAAGAGAAAGUCCCGCGAAUAUGAGCAUGUCCGCCGGGACCUGGAUCCCAACGAGGUGUGGGAGAUCGUGGGCGAGCUGGGCGACGGUGCCUUCGGCAAGGUUUACAAGGCCAAGAACAAGGAGACGGGUGCCUUGGCCGCGGCCAAAGUAAUUGAGACCAACAGCGAGGAGGAACUGGAGGACUAUAUCGUGGAGAUCGAGAUCCUGGCCACCUGUGACCACCCCUACAUCGUGAAGCUCCUGGGUGCCUACUACUAUGACGGGAAGCUGUGGAUUAUGAUCGAGUUCUGUCCUGGGGGAGCUGUGGAUGCCAUCAUGCUGGAGCUGGACAGAGGCCUCACUGAGCCCCAGAUUCAGGUGGUUUGCCGCCAGAUGCUCGAAGCCCUCACCUUCCUGCACGGCAAGAAGAUCAUCCACCGGGAUCUGAAAGCUGGCAAUGUGCUCAUGACCCUCGAGGGGGACAUCCGGCUGGCUGACUUCGGUGUGUCUGCCAAGAAUCUGAAAACUCUGCAGAAGCGAGAUUCCUUCAUAGGAACGCCUUACUGGAUGGCCCCCGAAGUGGUGAUGUGCGAGACCAUGAAGGACACCCCGUACGACUACAAGGCCGACAUCUGGUCGCUGGGCAUCACGCUGAUUGAGAUGGCCCAGAUCGAGCCCCCGCAUCACGAGCUCAACCCCAUGCGGGUCCUGCUCAAGAUCGCCAAGUCCGACCCUCCCACACUGCUCUCGCCCUCUAAGUGGUCGGCAGAGUUCCGAGAUUUCCUGAAGACGGCCCUGGACAAGAACCCAGAGACACGGCCCAGCGCUGCGCAGCUCCUGGAGCAUCCCUUCGUCAGCAGCGUCACCAGCAACAAGGCCCUGCGGGAGCUGGUAGCCGAGGCCAAGGCUGAAGUCAUGGAGGAGAUUGAAGACGGCCGAGAUGAGGGGGAUGAGGAAGAUGCGGUGGAGGCUGCCUCUCCUCUGGGGAACCACACCCGAGACUCCUCCGAGGUGAGUCAGCUGAGCCUCGAUGCAGACAAACUUCUCAAAGAAUCACCUUUUACCACGCCACCUCCCAGCCAGCCUCAGGACGGUGUGAAUGGGCCCAGCGAACCCGCUGGGGACGGGGCCCUCCCCACCAGCACCCCGGAUGUGGCCCCUGGAAAUGAGAACGGCCCGGCGGUGCCCGUGCCCCUUCGGAAGUUCCGACCGGUGUCCAUGGGAGCCAGAAUUCAGGUGUCCGAGGAGCAGCCAGCUGCUGACCAAAGUGGAGACCUCAGUCCAGCGGCCAGCAGGUCCCAGAAAACCAGCCAGAGCCGUCCCAACAGCAGCGCCCUGGAGACCUUGGGCGGCGAGCUGACCAAUGGCAGUCUGGAGCUCCCUGCCCCAGGGGCGCGGAGCCUUGCCAAGAGGGACUCGGAUUGUGGCAGCGUCUCCACCUCCGGGAGCACGGACUUCGGCACCUCCCUGUCAGCAGACCUGUCCGUGAACAAGGAGUCAGGCUGUCUGUCCAUCAAGGACUCAAGGCUACACAAUAAGACCCUGAAGAGGACACGCAAGUUUGUGGUGGACGGCGUGGAGGUGAGCAUUACCACCUCCAAGAUCAUCAGCGAGGAUGAGAAGAAGGAUGAGGAGAUGCGAUUCCUCAGGCGCCAGGAACUCCGGGAGCUUCGGCUGCUCCAGAAAGAAGAACAUCGGAAUCAAACCCAACUGAGCAGCAAGCAUGAGCUGCAGCUGGAGCAAAUGCAUAAGCGUUUUGAACAAGAAAUCAACGCCAAGAAGAAGUUCUUUGACAUAGAGCUGGAGAACCUGGAGCGCCAGCAAAAGCAACAAGUAGAGAAGAUGGAGCAAGACCAUGCGGUGCGCCGCCGGGAGGAGGCCAAGCGGAUUCGCCUGGAGCAAGAGCGGGACUAUGCCAAGUUCCAGGAGCAGCUCAAACUGAUGAAGAAGGAGGUGAAGAAUGAGGUGGAGAAGCUCCCCAGGCAGCAGCGGAAAGAGAGCAUGAAGCAGAAGAUGGAGGAGCACGCUCAGAAGAAGCAGCUUCUCGACCGGGAGUUCGUGGCCAAGCAGAAGGAGGACCUGGAGCUGGCGAUGAAGAGGAUCACGGCUGACAACAGGCGGGAGAUCUGCGACAAGGAGCGCGAGUGCCUCACGCGGAAGCAGGAGCUCCUUCGAGACCGGGAGGCGGCGCUGUGGGAGAUGGAGGAGCAUCACCUGCAGGAGAGGCACCAGCUGGUGAAGCAGCAGCUCAAAGACCAGUACUUCCUCCAGCGGCAUGAGCUGCUGCGCAAGCAUGAGAAGGAGCGUGAGCAGAUGCAGCGCUACAACCAGCGCAUGAUUGAGCAGCUGAAGGUGCGGCAGCAGCAGGAGAAGGCGCGGCUGCCCAAGAUUCAGAGAAGUGAGGGCAAGACGCGCAUGGCCAUGUACAAGAAGAGCCUCCACAUCAACGGAGGGGGCAGCGCCGCUGAGCAGCGCGAGAAGAUCAAGCAGUUCUCCCAGCAGGAAGAGAAGAGGCAGAAGGCAGAGCGGCUGCAGCAGCAGCAGAAACAUGAGAACCAGAUGCGGGACAUGGUGGCCCAGUGCGAGAGCAACAUGAGUGAGCUGCAGCAGCUACAGAAUGAAAAGUGUCACCUCCUGAUAGAGCACGAAACCCAGAAGCUGAAGGCCCUGGACGAAAGCCACAACCAGAACCUGAAGGAAUGGCGGGACAAGCUCCGGCCGCGCAAAAAGGCUCUGGAAGAAGAUCUGAACCAGAAAAAGCGCGAGCAGGAGAUGUUCUUUAAGAUGAACGAGGAGACAGAGUGUGCAAACCCCACCACCCCAAACAAGGUCACCAAGUUCUUCCCCUACAGCUCUGCGGAUGCUGCUUCUUAA